AUGGAUGCGGGUGCUCUGUACAACCCGCGUACGGUUGAGGAGGUCUUCAGAGACUUCAAAGGUCGAAGAGCCGCCAUGAUUAAAGCUCUCACCACCGAGGUCGAAGACUUUUUUCAGCAGUGUGACCCUGAGAAGGAGAAUCUUUGCCUUUAUGGAUUUCCAACCGAGCAGUGGGAAGUUAAUUUACCUGCUGAGGAGGUUCCUCCAGAGCUUCCGGAGCCAGCACUUGGUAUUAACUUUGCAAGAGAUGGAAUGCAAGAAAAGGAUUGGUUAUCUUUGGUUGCUGUCCACAGUGAUGCAUGGUUACUUGCAGUGGCAUUUUAUUUUGGUGCUAGGUUCGGAUUUGAUAAGGCUGAUAGGAAACGCCUUUUUAAUAUGAUAAAUGAACUUCCAACAAUAUUCGAGGUUGUGACAGGGACAGUUAAGAAACAAGUGAAGGAGAAGUCAUCAAAUUCAAAUCAUGGCAGCAACAGAUCUAAAUCAAACUCUAAGCGUGGUUCUGAGCCUCAUCCCAGGUAUACAAAGGCAGUGCAAUCAAAGGACGAGGACGAGGAGGGUCUGGAAGAUGACGAUGAGGACGAGCAUGGUGAGACACUAUGUGGGGCUUGUGGAGAGAACUACGCAUCUGACGAAUUCUGGAUUUGCUGCGACAUCUGUGAGAAGUGGUUCCAUGGGAAGUGCGUUAAGAUCACCCCAGCUAGGGCUGAGCAUAUUAAGCAGUACAAAUGCCCAUCUUGCACCAACAAAAGAGCCCGGCCUUAA